AUGUUGCCCAGGAUUAAAACUUGGGCACUGUCCUUUGGACGUCUUAUACAGUCCAGUGGACCGAAAGAACUCAAGCCAAAUGCCGUCUCGCGGCCUUUGGUUAACCAGCGUCAACUAUUUGAACUACCACAAAAGUCUCCAUCGCAAGCUACUCAACGAUUUCAGACAUAUGAAGAAGUUUGGCUUCGCGAAUUUUUUUCAAAGAAUUUCCCAGUUGUUAAAACGUUCUCGCCGUUACCUGCUCCUACUUGGGUUAGGUGUAGCAAACUUGCUACUAGUAAGCUUUUGUUUGGUGGGAGUAAUAGAAUCUUUGUAGCAAACAAACCAGUCUUUGAAAGGAAUCUUCCUGGGUUUGGAUUUCAACGUAAUUUUUGUUCGGCUCCUAGAGCGGCUGCUCAUUUCGCUAAUACUGGAGGAAUUAUGUCGCAACUUGCUGGCAAGUCAUUUACUGUUGCGGCAAAUAAGACCAAUAUUUCUUCUUUACAACACGAAGCACAUAAGAAUAACGAAAUAUCACAGCUUUUUAACAAGUCAUUUACUGUUGUGGCAAAUAAGACCAAUAUUUCUUCUUUGCAACACGAAAGACAUAAUAAGAACGAGAAACCGCAAAUUGUAAACCCUAGUAAAAUUGUCAGCUCUACUACUGCUACUACGGCUAAAAAGACCGAAUUUCUUCAACCGUUCUCACAAACUAAAUCUGCUGUUAUCAAGCACGUCUGUCUAACAAAAGAGACCGUCAAAAACCCCAAAUGUGGCACAAUGGCAAAGCAAACAUUAAAAGAGAAAAUCACUCCUAUUGAUGAUAAUGUUCAAAUUUACAUGUCGCUCAAUGUUGCCUUGACUUCUGGGAAAUUUAUUUUCAGCAACAAUUCCAUUAAAAAGAAUUCGGUGCUCGAUUCUUCAUUUAUUCAAAAUUUUGAUGAUAUUGUCAAAAGACAACAUCAGGUGAUUUUAGAUACAUUGGAAAAGUUGUCAAGAUUGAAUAAAAUUCUUGAUAUUCAAUUCUUGGAUUUCGAAUUACGUGUUGUAUUUCCUCGUGGUAUGGAUAUCAAAAAAGUUCAAGAAUUGUUGAAAAAUUUGGGAAUCGAUCUUGAAAAUCCGGUCUUUUCCUUGGGCUUAAACAAUAAUGUAGCAAAACCACUCGAUAAUAUUAACCAAAGUUCGAACAAUAAUUCUGCGCAAACC